AGGUGCCUGGAGUCUUUUUUCUCAUUUCACUCUCACCACAACCCUGUGAGGUGGGGCCAACGCUGUCCCUGGCUGGUGAGACUGAGGCUCAGGGAGGGUAGACACCUUGCCCAAGGUCACCCCAGUUUGGGAUUUGAACCAGGCCCUCUCUGACUCCAGAGACCAAACUCCUAGCCACUACACUGUACGAGCUCCUGUUCCAUCUUCCGUGCCUGGCUGAACAUGUGCUGGGCGGUAGGCAUCCAGAAAGGAGCCCUGCAUGCUACUGCAAACCUCUAACGUGCCAAGCUCCCACCAUGUGCCAGGUGCUAUGCUGGGGUCCCAUCUGUGCACCAGCCAGAUGCUACUCUGCCCUCUGGGGGUUCUCAGUCUGUGGGAGAUCUUAGACCAGGUCACACAGAUAAUCAUGUGAUUGUACAUUAAUUACUCACAGAUAUGUAAUGGAAUUAUGUAUCAAUUAUGUAAAUCUCUGUGAGAGAGUUGAAGGGGUGGGCAGUCUAACCUUGACACGGUGGACUGGGCAGUAUUAGGCAGGACAAGUGAUAGAAAACCCCACCCACUAGCUGACUUUGCCAAAGGAGGAAUGGUGAUUACAAACUCCAGAGAUAGACCAGCUUCAGGCAUAGCUGGAUCCAGGAGCUCAGGAACUCUCUUCUUUCUGUGCUUUCCACUGUAUUGGCCUCACUCUCAGGAGCAUUCUCUACUCCACAGGGGUGAGAGGUGAGGAGAGGGCAACAGCUCUAGGAUGGCACGGUACCAGCAUCCCAUCAACAGAAAACAGCUUCUCUUUCUGGGCCAGUCUAUCCCAGAAUUGUACUUUAUUGGCCUGCUUCGGGUCACAUGCCCUUCCCUGAGCCUGUCACGUGGCUGCUGGAUUUGGAAUUCAUUGAUUGGCAGGGUCUGGGGCACAGGCUUGGGGAGCAGGGUGAACCUCCUAGAGUGAGAGUAGCGAAGGGGUGGCCCCCAAAAGACCCCUGGGAAAAUACAGGGAAGGUUGAGCAGGUAAAGGCAGCCACGUUCCCCUGCAGAGAGUGACCCUGAGGCCAUAGGGCCACACUCUGGCUCUCCAGGUCACCUCCGUCAGGCGUGUCACCUCCGUCAGGCGCACACCCAGCACCGGCAGCGACCCAAACCAGGUGGAGGAGCUCUCAGAGCGGUCCCAGCUGCUGCCCAGGACCGCCCCCCGCCAACACCCUCAGUGAUGCCUCCUCGCCCUGUUUGGUUGGCCUGUUGCGGUCCCCUCAUCUCCGGUCCUCGGGGGCUCCUCUGAGUCCCCCCUCCCUGUCCGGGCCCCCAUGGCGGGCACGGCGGUGGCGGGCUGGGGGCGGGUGAGCGUGCAGGAACACAUGGCUAUUGACGUGAGCCCGGGCCCCAUCCGGCCCAUCCACCUCAUUUCUGACUACUUCCCGCACUUCUACCCCUUCGCUGAGCCACCCUGCGCACGAGACCUACGCCCUCCAGUGACCCCCACCAUCCGCUCUGCAUCCCAGUCCCAGCCGGACCCAGAGCCAGAGGGAGACUCAGACGACAGCACCACCCUCGGCACCCUCGAGUUCACGCUUCUUUUUGACACGGACAAUAGCACCCUGCACUGCACAGCUCACCGUGCCAAGGGCCUCAAGCCACCGGCCUUGGGCUCUGUGGACACCUAUGUCAAAGCCAACCUGCCGCCCGGGGCCAGCAAGGCCAGCCAGCCGCGGACACGCACGGUUCGGGGCACAAGGAGGCCUGUCUGGGAGGAGACUCAUGGCUUCACCCUCCAGGACGCCUGGCGCAAGACCCUGCGGCUGUGCAUCUGGGAGGACCCACGGCAACGGCGGCCGCCUCCCCUGGGGGAGCUGCGGGUGCCCCUGGGGAAGCUGGUGCCCAACGGAGCCAGGAGCUUCAAUGUGUGUCUGGAGAGGCGGAGGCUGACCAAGAGGCCCGAGAGCCUGGACACAGCACGUGGCAUGUCUCUGUAUGAGGAGGAGGCGGUGGGGGCUGAGGUGGCCGGGGAGGAGCAUGGGUGCAUCCUGCUGUCGCUGUGCUACAGCUCUCAGCAGGGCGGCCUGCUGGUGGGUGUGCCGCGCUGUGCCCACCUCGCCCCCACGGACGCCAACGGCUACUCGGACCCCUUCGUCCGCCUUUACUUGCAUCCAAAUGGAGGGAAGAAAUCGAAAUAUAAGACCAGUGUUCGGAAGAAGAUCCCGAACCCUGAGUUCAACGAGGAGUUCCUCUGCGCAGGCCCGUGGGAGGAGCUGGCGCAGAAGACACUGCUGGUGUCUGUGUGGGAUGAUGACCCGGGCACAGCUGACGACUUCACUGGCGGGGUGCAGCUGAAUAGCCGGGCCCGUGGGGAGCGCCAGCAGGACUGGCGCGAAUGCCUGGGCCGCAGUGACCACCAGCUGGAGCUGUGGCACCCGCUGGAUGGCGUGCCCCUCCAGCUCAGCGGCUAGCGGGGGCCCCCGGCCUGGCCCUGCUCACUGCCCGUCCCCCAGGCUGACCCGCGGCCGCCUCCAUGGAGCUCGGAGGACCUGGGGCUGCCUCACCCACCGUGUCCACCCCUAGUCAAUUGCUUCCUUCCUUCCCCCCUUUCAAAUUCACCCCACUGCCAAAUCAUGAAGCAAGAAUAAACCUCUCC